UCCCAGGUUUUGGAAAAAGGCAGCUGCCUGCCGAUUGCUCCCUCCUACCACGCAGAACAAACGCUAUAUUCAUCUCUGUGCUACAGCUUGCGAAACUCCCUCCAGGAACUUCUGGGUACUUUUCCCCACCGCUCAAGCGACUGAAUACAAUGUCAUUCAUGCCAGCGGGCGAAAACAGGCGAAGUGGUGCCUGGUCAGUUCACCCGAUAAUGUUGAGAAUUUGCAGUGUUUUUUGCGCAUGGAGUGUACUGUUUUUGACAGAAGUCUGCGGGCAGUCACAACGGAGACCAACGUUUACAUGCGGAGGGAAUAUAACGGGGGGUUCUGGGGUCAUUGGGAGCCCGGGGUAUCCAGGGGUGUACCCCCCAAAUACCAAAUGUGUUUGGAGAAUCACGGUCCCUGAGGGUAAAGUGGUGGUCCUGUCCUUCCGCUUCAUUGACCUGGAGAGUGACAACCUGUGCCGCUAUGACUACGUGGAUGUUUACAGUGGCCAUGUGAGUGGCCAGAGGCUGGGCCGCUUCUGUGGGACUUUCAGGCCAGGCGCCCUGGUCUCCACAGGCAACAAGAUGCUCAUUCAGAUGGUGUCUGAUGCCAACACAGCUGGGAGUGGCUUCCUGGCAGUGUACUCUGCUGCCCAGCCGCAUGAGAGAGGGGAUCAGUACUGUGGCGGUCGUCUGGUUAAACCCUCCGGGUCCUUUAAGACCCCUAACUGGCCUGAGAAAGACUACCCUGCAGGGGUCACCUGCUCAUGGCACAUAGUGGCUCCUAAGAACCAGAUUAUUGAGGUGAAGUUUGAGAAGUUCGAUGUGGAAAGAGACAACUACUGUCGAUAUGACUAUGUGGCCAUUUUCAACGGGGCAGAGAUCAACGAUGCCAAGAGGAUCGGGAAGUACUGUGGCGAUAGCCCUCCAGAUCCAGUAUUCUCUGAAGGUAACCAGCUCCUGAUCCAGUUCCUCUCAGACCUCAGUUUAACAGCAGACGGGUUCAUCGGCCACUACAAGUUUAGACCCAAGAAGUUCCCCACCCCCACGGUACCAGCGACCACCACCACCCCAGCAGCUACCACCAGACCCAUACCCCUGAAGUACUCUUUAGCUCUGUGCCAGCAGAAAUGCAAAAGAAGUGGAACCGUUGAGAGCAACUACUGUACCAGUGACUUUGUGAUAACAGGAACUGUCAUCACGGCGGUGGUGCGAGGAGGCAGCAUGUACGCCACCAUCUCCAUCAUCAACGUCUACAAAGAAGGCAACCUGGCCAUCCAGCAGGCCGGCAAGACCAUGAGCACCAAGAUCAUCGUGCUCUGCAAGAAGUGUCCAUCCAUCAGACGAGGCCUCAACUACAUCUUCAUGGGCUCAGCGGACGAGGAUGGGAAGGGGAAGAUCGCCCCCCAUCACUUCGUCAUGGCCUUCAAGGCUAAGAACCAGAGGGGACUCAACGUACUGAAGAACAAACGCUGCUGAGAUCAGCUACGUGCUGCCUGAGUCUCCACCCAACCACCAUGCCCCACCCACAAAAGGGUGUGGCUGUUCUUGUUAGUCUCUGCCCAGCCUUCCCUGGCUCCACCCAUCAUUAUCUAUCAUCCUUCACCACAGGACUAGUCUACAGAGCUCAGGCUGUUACUGCCUGGAGGUGUCUGGCUGUCUCUUUCCUUUGUUUUGUUUUUCUAUGCUGUUUUUUCUCUUUCCUCUGAACUGGACCUGUUUUGAGUGCAAUGUGAAGAAUGAGUGUGAUAAUUGAAGAGAGGGAGAGGAAGAGAGACCGAUAGUAGGGGGGACUCACCUGGGUCACGUUCAGUUAGAACAAAACAGGAGAAAACAUUUUGAAACUAAAUACUACCUAAAUGUCCAAUGAGAGCGCUCAUGUACCUUUUCUGUUUCAAAAACAUUUUAUCACGUUUCAAGCCCACUGAACACAACCCAGGUGUCAUGAGUGUUGGCUUGGAUCAAACAUCAGACAGGAAGGAGUUUGUUAGAGGAAGUACAUUAUUGAGGACGGGGUGUUAUAGUUUUAUGGACAGUGUUUACAAACUGCUCUUUAUUUCCUAUGUUCACAUUGAAUGGACAAGAUUUGGGAGGUAUUUCAUGUGGUGUCGAUAAGUGCAAUAGUUGAAUAUAUAGCAUUCCUUUUGAAAUGAUUUGUUUUCAUGCUAGUAUUACGUUUAGUACUGUCACUUAUUAGCCAAAGCUUUUCACAAUGAAUGGAUUCAACAAAGCACUCCUUAUCAUUAUGUCAGCUUGGUUUGUAAUGUAUGUAAUAAAAAGAGAUAUGAAAUGAAUUACAAUAUAAAGUAUUUUCACAUGAUUCAAUUGGUAAAUGUUAUUUAUAUUUUAUUGUUUUCAUCUGACCAAAUAAAAAACAGAAAAUGA